UCUGCCUCCACCUGUCUCUUGUGCAGUUGAUGAGGCAGUUGAAGCGCCUGGCCAGCGUCAAUCAGGCACUAAGGAGAGGCCAACAGACGGCCAAGCUGCGCAGCCAAACUCUAUCUGAAGAGAAAGCGGCUCUGACACGUCGCUGCAAAGACCUGCCAAACCCAGCUAGAAGCACAAGCAUCACAGGAGGGCGGACAAGAAAGUCCCAAAGAAGAAGGGCACAAGGACGAAAAUGACGGAAGGGCAAUGCCAGCGACAGCUGAUGCCGCAGACGUGACCAGUGAAGCAGUUACGGACCGCUCCAAACAACUCCGCUACUCCCGCGAGGACAUGGAGAAAAUCCUGCAGGAGCGUUUGGAGUACAAGCUACGUGUGGAGGAGGUAGAGGAAGAGCUAAGUGACCUCAAGGAAAGUAUGGGCAUCGAAGUGGACCUUCGCUCAUUUCAAGUCGCGUCACCGAUUGCAACGUUACCAAGGAAACGGAAAACGUCUCGACUCCGUGGCUUAUUUGAACAUCUGGAUUCAGCGGCAAAUGAUGAGGGUGGAGGCGCCGAUGUCGUACCUUUCUAAGGUAGCAUGCCACAGCAUCGUGCAGCUGAUUGUCUUUAUGACAUCAUUGGUGAUGUUACUAUUUGAUUGUCUCUAUGACAUCAUCGGUGAUGUCACUAUUUGAUUGUCUUCAAGACAUCAUCGGUGAUGUCACUAUUUGAUUGUCUUUAUGACAUCCUCGGUGAUUGUCUUAAUGACAUCAUCGGCGAUGUCACUAUUUGUAUUAGGCACUGAUGAUGUCACUGAUGACAUCAGCAUUGCCGUCACUGGUGACAGAGAUGAUGACAUCGCAGGCGGCAUCACAGUUGAGUGUUGAUGCCAGCUCAGUGCCUAUUCGCCCACACCACUGUAACAAAUCGUGUUCGUCAUUACUGACUAUGCCCCGCGACGACACGAAUACCUAGGCCGGUGUGUUUUUCUUGAUGGCUUAAUUGCCAACUUUCUACCAAUUUGGUGGUGUAUGUGCUAUUCGUCAGUAGGAUAUGUUGACAAUAAUGAACAAAUGCAGGGAGAACCUGAGGUUACUUUAGCUGCAGGCUGCUGCAACUAUUAUGUGCGUUGAUCCAUUCUCAUGGGCAUUGAGCGCUGGACGCAGGAGUUUUUGCAAUGUGA